UUUAUGAGGUGAGACAAAACUGGGUCCAAUUCUUCUGGCUUUUGGUUUUUAAUUAAAUCAGGAGGAAGCGUGUCUUCGGAUCCCUUGACCAUCGUUUCUUCUUUGAUUCCGUCCGUACCAAACGAGAGCACAACUCUUUCAUUUUCGCGCGCACCAACUGCUGAAGCCUUUCGCUCUUUCGUCUUACAAUGUUGUUGUUGUGAAUUGUUGGUUCAAGCAUUCGCAUCGACUCCCCCCGUCUUCUCCCUUUCCGUUUCAAUUGACAAAACUCAUCGGGGAGGGGAGAAAUUUUCGGGACGGAAACAUGUGGGUUUUCUAUCUGAUCUCCUUGCCUUUAACUUUAGGCAUGGUGAUCGUCACCCUCAAGUACUUCGCUGGUCCAUGGGUGCCUCGUUACGUCUUUCUUACCGUCGGAUAUACCUGGUUCUGUUCCCUCUCCAUCAUUAUCCUCGUCCCUGCGGACAUUUGGACGACCGCAAGUCAUCUGCCAGAGACUGGAGUAAUUUCUUUCUUUUGGAGCUGGUCCUAUUGGAGUACAUUCUUACUUACCUGGGCUGUGGUGCCACUUAUCCAGGGUUUUGAAGAUGCAGGAGACUUCACUGUGAAAGAAAGACUGAAGACCAGCAUCCAUGUUAACUUGGUCUUUUAUUUGGUUGUUGGAUCCAUUGGUCUUUUUGGACUAAUUCUCCUCAUCGCAAUGCACAAGAUUUGGCAUGGCGGUGUUCUGGGUUUUGCUAUGGCCUGCUCAAAUACAUUUGGAUUGGUAACAGGUGCAUUUCUUCUUGGCUUUGGUUUGAGUGAAAUUCCCAAGAGUAUUUGGAGAAAUGCUGAUUGGACUACACGCCAAAAAGUUCUUUCCCAUCAAAUAUCCAAGAUGGCUGUCAAACUCGAUGAUGCUCAUCAGGAACUCUCAAAUGCUAUCGUUGUUGCUCAAGCAACAUCUAAGCAGAUGUCUAAGCGCGAUCCCCUGAGGCCUUACAUGAAUGUCAUUGACAACAUGUUAACUCAAAUGUUUAGGGAAGAUCCAUCAUUCAAACCACAAGGUGGACGACUAGGAGAAAAUGAUAUGGACUACGAUACAGAUGAGAAAUCAAUGGCAACACUUAGGCGUCAUCUUCGCAGAACAAGAGAGGAGUAUUACCGUUAUAAAAGCCAAUAUAUGACCUACGUUAUGAAGGCCCUUGAACUUGAAGACACUAUAAAGAACUAUGAACGACGCUCAUCAACUGGAUGGAAAUAUGUUUCAAGCCUCAGGCAUGCUCGAAAUGGGAAGUUGGGGUCCAUCUUAGAUACACUUGAAUUUAUAUGGCGAUGCAUCCUAAGAAAGCAUCUGCAGAAAGUCUUGGCUAUUAUACUUGGUAUCAUGUCCGCUGCAAUUCUUUUAGCUGAAGCAACACUGUUACCAAGUGUCGAUUUAUCACUUUUCUCAAUGCUUAUUAAAUUAGUUGGACGGGAGGAGGUGCUUGUGCAGGCCUUUGCUUUUGUACCACUGAUGUAUAUGUGCGUGUGCACGUAUUAUUCUUUAUUUAAGUUUGGAACUUUGAUGUUCUAUUCAUUAACCCCAAGGCAAACAAGCUCUGUGAACUUGCUAUUGAUUUGUUCAAUGGUUGCCAGGUAUGCUCCACCAAUUUCAUUCAAUUUUCUCAAUCUCAUUCGUCUUGGUGGAAACGAGAAAACUGUUUUCGAAAAGAGGAUGGGUAAAAUUGAUGAUGCCGUCCCUUUCUUCGGGAAAGAUUUUAAUAGGAUCUACCCACUUAUUAUGGUUGUCUACACCAUUUUGGUUGCAAGCAAUUUCUUUAACCGGGUUAUCGAUUUCCUUGGAAGCUGGAAGAGAUUUAGAUUUCAGUCAGAGGUAGAUGAUAUGGAUGGAUUUGAUCCUUCAGGAGUAAUUAUAUUGCAGAAAGAACGAUCUUGGCUUGAACAAGGGCGCAUGGUUGGCGAGCACGUUAUUCCAUUAGCUAGGAAUUUCAACAGCAUAGACUUGGAGUCUGGCAGCAGCAAUAGCACAGAUUUGCUUGAUGUCAAAGCGAAGGGAACAAACAGUCUAAUAAGUGAAGACAUGAAUGGGAAUUCGUCAAAAAGUUCUGUUGAUGAGGGUCGGAAGUAUGGUUCUAGCAGAGAAGCCAUGAGCAACAAGUAUGCUGCAAUUAGAGAACAAAUUAGACAAUCAACAUUAAACACAAAGCCAGUGGCGAACAUUGCUUCUGCUAAGGUUACAUUACUUGAUACAGAAGAUGGCGAAUCUAGCAACACCAGUGAAAAGACAACUUCUGGUUUGGCCUCAAAGUGGGAAUCAAUGAAGAUGGGUUUCCAAAACUUCAAGGCUAAUAUAGGAACCAAAAAGUUUCUUCCCUUGCCCCAGGUUCAUGAAACAAAAACUCUCUCUCGUCAUGAUUCAUCUCAGUCCCUUGAUGAGAUCUUCCAAAGAUUGAAACGGCCAUCAGAUCAUGGAGGUUAUAGCGACGAGGAGGACAGGCUGGAAAUUAAGAGUUCCGGGGAAUAGAAUUUGAGCGAUCAAGGCCAACUAGAUAACAACCAUUUUUCUCCCUUUAGGUUUAAGAAUCAAAGAAUGCUGUACGAUGUACAGGCCCUUGGUGCCAGUUGAGUUGUUUACUUGCAGUUGGAUCAUCCUGCAUCUGAACACAUACUUGGAACGUUACCCUGCUAGAUUGACACAUGCGUAUAUAAGCUGACUGGUUGGUAAGAAAACUGGAGAGGAUAGAGUUACACUCACUAAUUGUUCAAACGACCAUGGUCGUAAAAUUCACAGAGGUUGCAACUAAAAAGGUUAGUGUCUUGGCUUCAUCAGCAUUCCUUUGAUUCAUGAGUUUUGCUUCAGAACUCAGAUGCCAUACGAUAAAUUUAUAUUGUGUAUCCUUUUUCUGGUACUUUGACAUCCAUGUCUGAAUGUAAUUGGAAGUUUUAGGAAAUGAAGAUUGAAAUUCUAGACACCGAAAGAACCUGAUCUGAAUGGUUUCUGAUAUUUUGAUAUUUUCCUUGUAGCUAGCUGUAUCUUUCAUAUGAUUUAAAUUACUCAUUGUAUAAGUCAGCCGUUGCCGCUUUCUGGGGAAACAACAAAGAGAAAAGUCAGUGACAAAGGGCCUUAGAUAUUUUUUGUGA